CAGGACGUUGAAGAAAUUUUUACAAGAACUCUUUGUUAAACUUAUUACAGAAUAUUUCUUUAAAGGAAUAAUGGACGCACGCGAUUUCAAAGCUCGCGAUUUCGUAUCGGUUUCCAAAAAUUUCACUGAAAGGAUGAAAAAUGAAAGAUGGUCACAAAUAAAAUGGUUACAGAGAUACGAAUGGUUAUUGGAAGAACAGGCAAAAUUGAAUAAAGAAUUGGAAGAACUGUGGAAAGAAAAGCAAACAGUGCUUCCUACAGAGGGAUUCGUACGAGAGGAGGGAAAGACCUGUUUGCCAGCUCCUGUUACUACAAGUGGCGAAUAUGGCUGGCUUGCUUCGAAACCGAAGUUUCAACUAGAAAAAUACGGUUCUUAUAUACCGCAGUAUCCAGAUCCUCUGAAAGACGUAGUACUCUUAACUGGAAAUAUUCCUCUACUCGCAGCUGGCAAAGGGUUUAUUUUGUAAUAAAACGCAGGUAUCUUAAUAGUCACAUGAUUCGCAUCAGGGCAUGGUAUACACAUGGAAGUUGAGUCUCCAGAGAUUUCACCGGAAGCAUAUGUACCAUUUGGACAAGCUAAAAAAAAAUACACAUCUUUUUGCUUUAGUAAAAUUUCU